UGUAACGUGGUGCUACAACCACCGUCACCUUUGACGUACUGUCAGAAGUCCGACUCGUUUUCAAAAAACCCUCCAUCAAAAUUCUCAGCGCGAUACAAAAAUGUUGUGAGUUCUCGCAGAAGCGUGUACGGGUGGUGUUCGAAAUGCACUUCGAAAGCGUUAAAAAUGUGCUACACGUAGAAUCAUCGGUGUUUUGAAAAAUGGCUUGUGCAACGAACACCAGAAGGAAUGAGGUGAAGAAUGAUACGCUGCCCCAUUGGGCUCUGGCGAGGGAAGGGAUCAAACUUAUCAUUAACAAUAACUGCGCUGAAGCGGAACAGUUAUUUUUGGAACACCCUGAUAGUUUAGCUAUGUAUUCUGGAUACUCUUUUGCUGUGAUGAUGGAUGCUUUAAUGAGUUACGAAGAAGAAAAAUUAAACAAAGCUAUCCAAGUGCUAAGAGAUUUGGAAAAAAGAUGUGCUUCUGAAACAGGCUGGCUUAGACAAGUCACUCAACGAGUAUUUUCCUUCACACAGGUGGACGCAAAAUCUGAACAAUCUUUAGCCGAUCAACUGGAAACUCAGAUCAUCCUAGCCGAUUCUCAGGUUUGCAUCGCCAUCUUGACCUUUCUGCAGCAAGAACUAUCUGCAUACUUAAAAGGAGGCUGGGCGCUUAGGAAAGCAUGGAAGGUCUACCAGAAGGUCUACAAGGACAUCUUGAACUUGUACAACGAGAAGAUCGGAGAACUGCAACUACCAGAUCCCUCCCAGAACCCGAGUCCGUCUCCAACAGAGCUCCAGAACAGCGUAGAAGAGGAUCGAGCCGCCUUAUCAGACUGGGACAUCCCCGACCUAAAAAUCGGAAAAAACGGGUACUCCCAAAACCAUUCCUCUUCUCCUCGCUUCCCUCACUCAAAAUCUGCUAACCUCGAACCCUCAAAAAAUCCUCCUAGUGCCUCAAAUACCUCCUCGACAUCGUCCGGCUUGAGGAAAUCUCAGUCUGUCUGCAACGCGUUGACAAACAGGCAAAACUUUUGGAGCGCUAGGAUGGACUCGAUUUCUAGAUCGACGUCUAUGUCUUUCUACAACAUUUCUUCGAUACUUUCUUCUCAAGAUUAUACGAACGCAAAGAUCGACAAGGAGACGUUGAAACGUCUCAUGGGUGCUGUGUCUUUCGGGUACGGUCUCUUCCAGCUGGGAAUCUCGUUACUGCCGCCAUCUUUGAUCAGGUUGAUCAGCAUUUUAGGCUUCAAUACAAAUCGACAAAACGGAAUUGCUUGCCUUAUGUACGCCAGAUUGGGCACUGAUAUGAGAGCGCCCCUUGCAACCUUAUCUUUACUAUGGUACCAUACGAUAGUCAGGCCGUUCUAUGCGAUAGACGGGACAAAUGUUCAGGCCGGUGUGGAAUGUUCUGAGCGAUUACUGAAAGAAUCCGAGGCAGAAUUCUCACAGUCUGCACUGUUUUUAUUCUUCACGGGUAGAGUCUGUAGAUUAAACAUCUCAAACCUUGGAUUGAGGAUGGCUUACUAUGAUGUCGUUGGUUGUCCCAACCAUACUGAUGAGUUGCCAAAAACCACGAAACAGCUAUCCAUGGUUGGCUGUCUGUGGUCGGAAGGACGGAAACAGCAUGUUCAGUUCUUCAUUAAUGGCGAGUAUAGGCCACAAGAAUCGUCAGAGUCUAGCGGUCACAGUGUCCGACAUAAAAGGCGCUCUAAAAUCGUACCAGCAAGCUGUGCAGAACUCCACACAACGAGAAAUAAAAAUCCUUUGCACUCACGAAGUAGGCUGGUGCCACUUGAUUGAAUUGGACUAUCCGAAGGCGGGCAACAGCUUUGCGUUGCUCAAAUGUUCCAGCCGAUGGUCCAGAUCCUUCUAUAACUACUUGGCGGCUAUUUGCGCAGGGGCAUGCGAGGACAAGGAGCAGUUCCAACUUUUCAAGGACAUUUCUCAGAUGACACUCAUCAUGCCAAAAGGGACACAACUGGACGAAUUUCUAGCUAGAAGGGCUAAAAGAUGUCCUGCUACCAUCGAAACAGUUAUAGCGAAAAAACCCGUUUAUUGGCGCCUGUUGGUUUUUGAAAUGUUGUACUUGUGGAACGCCAUACCUAGUUGCAAUAACGAGAACAUUUCUACUAUUAUCACAGAAUGUAAAAAUGGGCAAUCAGAAGAAGACGAACCUAUGAUCGGCCUUUCUAAGCUGAUCUUGGGAGGAGCACUGUGCGUUCAGCGGCACUACGAUCAGGCAGAAGAAUGCUUCAAGAAGUGCCUCGAAUUAAGAAAGGACAUUCCGACAAACGCCGAUGACAGUCACGUAUCAGCGUUUUGCCUCUACGAACUUGGCCUGCUAUUGCUCAAAAAAGAACAGACGCAGGAAGAAGGCAAAAAUUAUCUUCGUCAGAUAAGCCAAUACAGCCACUAUGAUUUCGAACAGAAGCUGAAUGUUAGAGUACAUUCUUUACUUAAGCAAGCUUAGACCAAUGUUGACAAUAUAUUACAAAUUAUAUUCUAAUAGAAUUUGAAGAUAUGUAAGCUAGAUCUAUUUUAUUAGGCACAAGAUCGACAGAAAAGAUAUUUUGGAAAGGAAAAAGCAUAUAGGGACACCUAAAAGAUGUUACUUUAGGAUUACAGUACUUUUGAAGUAGAAUUAAUGUUCUCUCAAAGUCUCGAUAACGUACUGCCACAUUUCUCGAAAACAGAUUGAGUUUUGGUACACGCAAACGUCACAUUAACAUGUAAAAAAUUGUUUCCUAAAGCAUCAUGGGAUCUUAAAUUUUCACGACAACGUCCUGUAAUACAUUUCAAUUUUGUUACUGAUUAAAUUACGUCACGGUAAGUUUUUUACUUUAUGGAAACUGUGAGAGGACCUUUGCCUUUGAGUAUUUUCUCAUCAUCAAUUAAUGUAUAUAUUUCACAAACGUUGAUGUGAUAUUUUUUAUGAUUUUAUAUAUCCGUCCAUUUUAUUUGAAGAUUAUUUGAACAUUUUGUAAUUUAUAUUGAUCAAUAAAGUUCAUUGGCGACUAGAUUUUUACAAUUUUUUUCUCACAAUCUUACAGUAUUAAUAUUCCGCUAGCUACAAUCAAAUUAAAAAAUCUAUAUUACCUUAACGUUACAUUUGC